AUGUCUCCUGCAUCGACCUCGCACGGGCCCUCGACUCCAGCCUCGCCCUUCUCCGCCUCGUUCGACCCCAACGAGUCGGCGCUCUCCACCCAAGCGUCGCUCACCACUCCCCUCGCGAUCCGCCAGGGCCCCUUCUAUCCCUCCGGCGACGUCCAGCUGCGCCCCGCAGGGCCAGACGUGAGCGCGCUCUUGGCCCACCGCCUCUCCGCGUCGUUUGGAGCGAUCGCGGAGCAGAUCGCAGCAGCCUCGCGGGCGCUCGCCGUGCCCGCCUCUAACGCCGCAGGCGCCCUGGAGGCCCCGAGCGGGGGAACUGGGGGCGGGAGCCCGAGUCAAAGCGCGGAGCUCGUGGCGCUCGAGACGAGGCUGGGGAUCGUCGAGCGCGCGCAGGAGCAGCUGAGCGCGGACGUGCAGCAGGUGCAGGCGGAGCUCUUGCGGCUGAACGGAGUGGGGUCUGCGCACGGGGAGAAGGAGCAGGGAGAGGGCGGGAUCGUGGAGGUGCGGAACGGCGCGGGGGCGGAGGGUACGGGCGAGUUCAAGAGCGCGACGGAGAUGGCGAUUGAGGAGCUGCAGAAGAAGGUGGAGGGGAUCAUCGAGACGAUCAAGUUGGAUCAGGCGCGAUUGUAUGCGCGGUUGCAUAACUCGACGGUCACCUCGAACAAGCAUCCUAUCCAGGCACCCGUGACGGCCAACGGCAAGGUCCCGCAAAACUUCCCGAACACGAAGGGCGAGUUCGAGCAUCUCACCAAGGAGCGAUACGAGCAUAUACUCAAUGCAUACAAUGUCACGCCGAAGGGAGACACGAAGGCUAAGCGCGAGCAGCUGCGCGAGUUCAUCGGCCUUACACCUCCCACAAACUGA